GUAAGAACCAGAACAGUUGCUGAGUGUGUGGCUUUCUAUUACAUUUGGAAAAAGUCAGAACGUUAUGAUUACUUUGCUCAGCAAACAAGAUUUGGAAAAAAGAGAUACAACCAUCAUCCAGGAGUUACGGAUUACAUGGAUCAUUUGGUAGAUGAAACAGAAGCCCUUGGUGGAGCAGUGCAUUCUUCAGCCUUGACAUCUAAUAAUCGAACAGAAACAAUCCCUGAUCAACAGCUAAGCAUUCUGAACUCUAUCACUGCCAAUGAGUUGACAGCAUUGACAAAUAGUGUAAAUGCAGUCUGCCACACUUCAGAUGUGAACUGCCUGGAUGAUGCCUUUUCUCCUACGGACAGCUUAUCCCGAGCAGCAGUUAAUCAUGUGCCUGUUGGAACAGAAGAAUUGCUCAACUUGCCUAGCAGUGGUGAAAGUGAUUGUUUUAAUUUAUUUGAAACUGGCUUUUAUCAUUCAGAGCUAAACCCAAUGAAUAUGUGCAGUGAGGAGACGGAAAGAUCUGCAAAGAGACUGAAAAUGGGAAUUGCUGUCCCAGAAUCUUUCAUGAAUGAUGUCUCUGUAAAUAACCUUGGUGUGGACUUUGAGAACCACGCACAUCAUAUUACAACUGCCAAAAUGGCUGUUUCAGUGGCUGACUUCAGCAGUCUAUCUACAAAUGAUGCAAAUGGUUUUAUCAACACCCACGCUCUACACCAACAUACUGCCCUUCAGUCAGAAUGACUGUUGAAAAUGAAACAGUGGGUACUUCAUGCAGUAGUAGUAAACUUGAGAGCUAUCAGGUUUGCUUAGUCUUUCACUGGAAAUAUGAAUUUUGUGACAUCAGUGAUGUCUUUGUAUGUAUAAAACUAUAUCUUGAUUUUUAUCAAGAGUAAUUUCUUUUUUUCAGUCCAUAAAUAAGGAAGUGUCAUACAACAUUUGGCAGAGUUUGAGACUAAAACAAUUCUGUGGUGCAGUUUGAAGUUCUGUUCCAAUUUUUUUAAAGCCUGUAGACAGAAGCCACUGUUUUAAAAACAGCACAGAAGUUCUGAACUGGUUGAAGUGGCUUUUUAGUAUAAGUUACUUUUGCUGUGAUGAAUGCAGUGGAAUAACAGUGUUUACAGGUACUAAUCUUGACCCCUGCACAACGUAGCAUUUUUUUCUUAUAAAGGCAGGGAUUGCUUGCUUUAAACUGCACAAACACACAAGGAUGAUUCUUAAAUGAAACCUUUCUCUCAUGCGAUACUGAACUAGAGCGCUUCAAUUUACAAAACAGCAACUUCAUCUUGGUGGAAACUAACACAAGGGACUUAACAUGAGUAAAGUACAAAGAUGUAUGCUUGGAUGCUGUUACAAAAUUAUAGACCAUGACUACCUUAUACAAGUAAUGAUACUGCUAGGGGUGUCUGUGUACUUAAAACUUACUGGCUGUAGGGGAACUGUUAGGUCAGGGCUUGAACUGGUGAUUGAGCACCUGGUGAAGAGGUGUGGCUGGCCUAGGGAGCACAGGCAAAUUGUUUGCAUCUGUGCUCCCCAUGUGACUAGAAAAGGUGGACCUAGGGUGGAGCUACUCUUGGCUUAUAUAAGGGCCAGCAUCUCUUAGGCUUAGGUUGCUUUUUGCAAGGGGGUGCUGUAUGGUUAGGGGUUUAUUUUUCCUAUUGGGUGUGUUCUGGUAUUGUUUUUGUAUGUUGUUAUUGGUUUGUUUGUGAAUACUUUGCCUGGUAUUGCUAAGAACUUGUUAGAAGCAAUUUCACUUCUUUAUGAGCAGAAUGCUGGCUUAAACUGAGUCAUUUCAGGGUGUUGUAUUUUUCUGGGUUUUGUCUACAGCUUUAAAGAGUAAUGUAACUGUAAUGUAACUUUCCAAAGACAGCUGAUGUGUAAAGCUACAGUCUGCACAGUUAAGGAUUUACCACUAAACAGUCUAUGAUUUGGAAGGCAUCUUAAAUUGUUAGGAGCGCUGCAGUUGAAAGCAUCAUGGUUUUGGGAGUCUAUCUAGUUUAUAUCAAAAUAAUAGAACCUUGCAGUAUGUAUCUAAAACCUUCUACUUGGUGUGGAUUGUGUUUAUUUGUUUUGGCAAAGUCAUUGGCUGAAAAAUGGCACUUUGCUACGUUGGUGAAAUAGGAAAAGAUCAAGUAGAAAUGCUUCUUAUAAGCUAACUAUUUCAGUAAAUUUUUAUUUUGAACACUGAGUGCAAGUUAGCUAUCCAGAAAGCUUAUCUUGCAAAUGCUUGUUCUAAUUCUUGUGCGAGAGCUGAACCAAACAUGGUAUUGGCUUGUAACAUGUUCUAGCAUACAACUUAAAAGUUAUUUAACUGAUAAUCUGAACCUUAUUUCAGUAAAAUUACUGCUUUUUCUUCAUAAUGUUUUUUUUUGCACUGCUUGUGUUAUAUGUUUAAUUGCCACUAAUUUGUUUUUAUUAUUCAAGUGAUUAAAUUUGCUUCGCUAAUAUUUGUAUAAUUACUUCAAGGUCUUGUUGAGUAAUUAGGAAGUAGUGACAUAAUAUUAGAAGGGAAAGAGGAUAUUUAUUAUGCAUACUAUGAACUGCAUUGAUAUUGAGUUUUAGAUGGAGAAUAUAGAAUUUUCUUUACAGCAUUGUAAUGAAGAUUUUAAGUGUUUAUGCAGUAGUGCAUUACCAUAUUAAAACUGAAUUAGUUUUGCACAGUGGACAAAAGUAGAGAAUUUCAUUAUCAGUUCUUAGCUUAUGCAUCUGAAAUAAGUAACUAAUAUUUACACAGUAAAUAAUGGGUAGCCUUGGCCCUCUGUUGUAGUCUGAUAUUAUUUAGUCAAGUUGUCAGCUUCUCAUUGCUGUUUUGUGCUGAACUUUGUACCUUGUUUCUUCUGUUUAUGAAUCAACUCGUUUUAUGUAACUUUGUAAGAAAUACUAGCCAUAAUCCUUCAUUGUUAUACGUUCAAAUUUCACUAUGAACUUACAGUGAGUGGCUGGUAUGUAUAAAAGAAAAAAUCAUCAUACAAAGAUGACUUAUACCAGUUGUGCUUACCUGAAUGUGCCCAUUCUCAUUAGCUGAUGCAGUAACAUAUUAAGUUCACCUAUGCAGUGCUGGGAUUUUAAUGUAGACGGAGACUUGUCCAAGGUUUGGGUUGUCAGCAAGUUUGAAUGAACUCUUUAGUUAUUAAAUAAAGACUUUUGACUAAAACUCAGGAAAUUAUAUGAGAGGAAAAAAGAGUUCUGGCUAGUCGAAUAGGUUUUAAAUGAUGAUCCUGUUGGAUAGCUAGCUGGUAUUGUUUACUUCUAAUUCCUUGUGGAAAAUGAGGCAAUAACUUGCAAGAUCUUGUAAAUGUGUAAAUUUUUCAUAUCUUUAUAGUUAUCUAUUUCACUGCUUACUGACUAGUUUUAUGUGUAUAACACUUCUGUGCGUGCUUGAUGUCUUGGUUUCAGUUGAUACAGUGUUAAUAGCACACUGAUGUCUUGGUUGUUGCUGAAUGAUGGGAGCCCACCCAGGGCUGUGCCAGGCUGCUUGGUGGGGAAGAGCCACUGCCUUUAUGGCAUGGCAGCAGGGCAGAGAUAGAACAACUGUCAUGAAUUAGACAAGGGGUUAUUCUAUACCAUGUGACAUCAUGCAGAAGGUUAUAAAGCUGUAGAGAGUUGACCUGGGGAUGGGCUGCUGCUUGUGGAUUAUCUGGGCCAUCAGUUAUUGAGCAGUGAGACAUUGUGCUAGUGGGGUGUUGAUCAGCAAACAGUUGUAUUGUUAGCUGGGUGUCGAUUGGCAGGUGGCAAGUAAUUGCACUGGGGAUAUGUUAUUGCAUCUUUGUUUCUCUUUUUCUUGAGGGUGGAGGGGGAGGGUGAGUGAACAGCUGUGUAGUGCUUAGUUACUUGCAGGGUUAAACCACAACAGUCCUUUUGGCCCCCAGUGUAGGGCUCAAAGGAUUGAGAUAACACACUGAUCAGAUUUGAUGUUAGAAUAGGAUUGUUUAUAAGUGUUACAGUAGUUCUACAAUUGCAGGUUGCAAUGUUAUUUUUCCUGUUUUUGGAGAUCUUCCAGAGUCUUUUCAUGGAACUGUAUUAUUAACAAUAUACUUGCUAUAUAUGAUCCCUGUUGUGCUGUUUACCAUUUCUGGGAGCUAGGUUAAGGCUAUCAUUUUUCUGUACGACAUUACACUGGUUGGGAAACUAAUGUGUUAUUUAGAUUUGAUAUUGUAGUUAUUGUCCUACUUUGAGAACAACAUCUUGGAAACUAUUAAUAAUGGCACUGUUUAGUUUGUAUCCUUGGGGAGAUGAGUGGGAGUGUUCAAACCAGCAUGUUCUUAUUGCUAUGUCUCCUGAAUUUGUUUUAGGUUUUAUUUAAGGUUAAGCAAAAACUUUCAAAUACCACUGGGGAUCUGCCCUGAGGCUGGAUAGCUGUGAGUAGAAGGGAGUGUGGAAUGGUCUGGGGCAGGUACCUAGAACAGUGAGAACCCCACAGUCUUUUGGAACUUCUCUCCCAAGCAACUGUGGGAUCCAAGAAAACUAUAGUAAAAUAUUUGGAAAAGGUAUGCCGUUGCCAUUACAAUCCUAGAGAGACAAACCGCUGCAACCUGUUGGAGACUGGCCCGUGCCUACUGAGCCCUGUUAAACACUACUCAGCACCCUGAAGGGGAAAGUGAUCUCCGGAUUUGAUGGACAAUGCAACAGCCCCUGUGGUUGCUCCAACCCCUGCAACAGGCCUUGUAGUUUAGAGAACCAGCCUGUGCCAGUAUCAGUUGUCCUUAUACGUAAGACAAAAUAGUGGCUGAGUCAGCUUGCUUAGUAAGGGAAGAAACUUCUACUAACGCAAGGAUGGAAGAGGAUGAGGAUGAAGCAGGGCCAUCAAAAGGACAGGAGGAGGAAGAGUCAGAACUAAUGGAGGCAAUGGGUGAGCUGUGAGACAUGCAAAAUGACUUCAGUUGUCAUCUGGGUAAGCAUAGUCACCUGUCUACUCUGAUGCUGGGAUAAUGGGGCCAGCAGGCUGGAUUUAGUGAGCAGCAGGGCCAGGAAGCUGGAAUUCCUUUCUGUGGAAGGGGGCAUUG